AUCAUGUGGUCCAUCAUCAUUCAUAUUGCUCAAAAUUCACUCAAUCAUGUCUUGCAAAGAUUAAUAAUUUUUUAUUUUUUUUAUAUACAUCUUUUUUUUUUAAGCUUUGCCAGGGUAGUUAGUAGGUGAGUGUGAAUUUUUUCUCGUGAUGUAUAUUCCUUAAUUUAGCUUGCUUGAUUAGAUAUGGUAGAAAAAAUCAUCACCAAAUAAAAAGAUAUGGUAGAAAUAUAAUUCUGUAAAAAAUAAUUUCUAAAAUUAAAGCCCGGCCCAAAUAAAAUAAAACCUUGGUUACUUGUUUGAUAUUUUCUUGUGUUAACGUUCAAAGUUGUUGUCCAUUCAAUCAAAAGAAGAAUGAAUUUCCAGCGUGAAUCGAUCACCAACCUUACCAAGGUUUCUUUGACAAUGGCCAAACACUUGUUCUCAAAAGAACAAUAUAAAGAAAAGAACGUCGUGUUUUCGCCAUUGUCACUCCAGGUUGUGCUUAGCAUCAUCGCUGCUGGCUCCGACGGUCCAACACAACAACAGCUUCUCGACUUUCUCCAAUUUGAAUCUGUCGACCAACUCAAAUCUUUGUCCUCUCAACUUGUUUCAUAUGUGCUCGCCGAUGCUACUCCUGCAGGCGGACCUCAGCUGUCCUUUGUCAAUGGUACGUGGGUUGAACAGUCACUUCUUCUUCAACCUUCUUUCAAAAAAAUUGUGGCUAAUGAUUUCAAAGCCACUAUUGCCUCAGUUGAUUUUCGCAACAAGGCUCCUCAAGUGCGAGAAGAAGUGAAUUUAUGGGCAGAAAAAGAGACUAAUGGUCUUAUAAAAAAUCUACUUCCACGUGAUGCAGUUGAUAGCUUAACUAAGUUCAUCUUUGCAAAUGCACUAUACUUCAAAGGAACGUGGUCAAGGGAGUUUGAUACUUCAAAAACGAAAGACUAUGAUUUUCAUCUUCUCAAUGGCCACUCAAACAAGGUUCCUUUCAUGACUAGCUCCAAAGAACAAUUUAUUAGAAGCUUUGAUGGUUUUAAAGUCCUUCGUCUUUUUUAUAAGCAUGGCGAUUAUUUAUAUAUGCAAAAAGAUAAGCGUUAUUUCUCUAUUUACAUUUUUCUUCCUGAUGCAAAAGAUGGGUUGUUAGCUUUGACUGAGAAAGUAGUUUUCGAAUCUAAUUUUUUGGAAGAUACGUGUCCUCAAAAACUAGUGACAGUAGGUGACUUCAGAAUUCCAAGAUUCAAUGUUUCUUUUGAGCUUGAAAGUUCUAAUAUGCUGAAAGAGUUAGGAGUGGUUUUACCUUUCUCUGAGGGAGGUUUGACAAAAAUUGUGGACUCUCAUGUGGAUCAAAACCUUUAUGUUUCUGAGAUAUACCACAAGUCUUUUAUUGAAGUAAAUGAAAAAGGAACUAAAGCUGCUGCGGCAACCAGUGCUACAAUGAGGUGCGGAUGUGCUAGGAUUACCGAACCUCCGCCGCCUCCGGUAGACUUUGUAGCUGACCACCCUUUCUUAUUUUUGAUCAGAGAAGAUUCGUCUGGAACGGUACUCUUUAUUGGACAAGUACUCAAUCCUCUUGUGGGGUGAUCUUAACUUCUCAUUCUAGAAUAAAUUGGAUUACUCCUAGAUUAUGAGGAAAACUUUGUUUUUUUAAUAAGAAUUAAUAUAUACUUUUGUUUAUGUAGUUUA